AUGAUCGCUUUAGCUGCCGGCGAGAUCAAAGAUCCUCGUCGGAACAUCCCUCGAGUGGCGCGAAUGGUGUUCUACCGUAUUGUGGGCUUCUAUGGCUUUGGCGUUCUUGGUGUCGGGAUCAUUUGUUCCAGCAAAGACUCGCGUCUUCUCGGUGCCAUCGACAAUGGCUCAAGUGGCUUUGCUGCAUCGCCUUGGGUCAUCGGUAUCACAAAUCUGGGCAUCAGUGGUCUGGCUGGCUUGGUCAACGUUCUGAUCCUGAUUAGUGGCUGGUCCUGCGGCAAUGCAUACCUAUACAGCGCAUCGCGAACGCUAUACUCUCUGGCACUAGACGGACAAGCGCCUCGAUUCUUCUUGAAGUGCACCAAGGCUGGAACGCCAAUAUAUGCCGUGCUUACCGUGGCAUUGAUUGGAUGCAUCACAUUCCUGACCUCGUCCAAUUCUGCUGCCACAGUCUUCGGCUGGUUCGUGGACCUCGCUACCUGCGGCUUCGUUCUCUCAUACACGGCUUUCCAGGUGACAUGGAUUGGCUGGGAUAGGGCCUUGAAGGCACAGGGAGUCUCUCGAGAUCGACUGCACUGGAACGGCCCGUUGAUGCCCCAUGCUGCAUAUGUCGGUGUUGUUACUGGCCUGGUGGUGCUCUUCUUCAUCGGCUUCGACGUUUUCGUACCAUUCAAUAUUCAAGGCUUCAUCACAUCGUACUUCGGAAUUGCAUUCGCAGGAGCUGUCUUCCUGCUGUGGAAGAUUCUGAAGCGAUCGAAGUUCGUGAAGCCGUCAGAAGCAGACCUCUGGAGUGGGAAGGCCGAGGUUGACGCAGAAUGCUCCAUCUGGAAAGUCGAAGGCGAAGAGAGGGCUGCCACAGCUUUGGGUCGGUUCUGGGAUAAGAUAUGGUAG